UCUUAUGGAAAUACAGAAUAACAUUGACAAACUGGAAGCUGCAAGAGAUCAAAAAACGAAAAUGCUAAAGUAUGUGGAGGAAAAACAAGGACUUCAGAAAAAAUUGGUGGAACUGUACCAGAAUCAUUACGUAGGCACAUCACUUUCACCUCUUAAAUUACAAGAAAACAAUGUAGAUAUAAAAGAAGUUUAUGUACCUCCGGAAAUGGUAGUGAAAGAGAAAAGAAACGAAAUUGCAUCAAACCCGUCGGAAAAGUCACCGAAAAAGCCAAAUAUUAGAACACUUACUGGAUAUCGAGACAUGUUUCAUACAAAUGGUCAAAAACACAAACAAAUCUACAUAGUAGGUGAUGUUGGGACAGGAAAAAGCACAUUUUGUAAAAUGAUGAUUCAAAAUUGGUGCUCAGCAGUAACUGAAGAGAGUCCUACAUCUGCUUACAAUGACACACUUAAAGACCUUAGCGAGACUACAGUUAGUGAAAAAAAUGUCGACCCUGUCAGCGACAAGGAUGAUUACCCUGGCAGCGGCGAAUAUGUCAACCCUGUCAGUUACAGCGAUAAUGUUCUCGUCAGUGACAAGUAUGCCGAUCCUGUAUGCGACAAGCCAAUCAGCGACAGGUGUCUUGUCCCUGUCAUUUACAGUGAUGUAGUUCCCGUCAGCGACAAGCAUGCCGGCCCUGUAAGCGACAAGCCUAUCAGCGACAAGCAUUCCUACCCUGUUAGCAACAAGUACAACGAUCCUGCUAACAACGAAAGUAAUGACCCUAUUAGCGACAUGUAUGACGACUCUGUCAGCAAUAAGAAAGGCGACCUUGUAAGCGGCAAGUGUGACGACUCUGUUAGCGAUAAAAAUGGCGACCUUGUAAGCGGCAAGUGUGACGACUCUGUGAGCGAUACGAAUAGCGACCUUGUAAGUGGCAAGUGUGACGACUCUGUUAGCGAUAAGAAUGGCGACCUUGUAAGCGGCAAGUGUGACGAAUCCGUCAGCGAUAAGAAUAGCGACCUAAAAAGCGGCAAGUGUGGCGACUCUGUUAGCGAUAAUGACAAGGAUGUCAUCUAUGUCAGCGACUAUGAUGGCGACCCUUACAGCGACUAUAUUGAUGACCCUUACAGCGACUAUGUUGAUGACCCUUACAGCGACUAUGUUGAUGACCCUUACAGCGACUAUGAUGAUGACUUUAUGUCAAGUGAAUCACCUAUUAACGAUGAAAAUGAAAAUAUUAACGAACUGAGAAAUUUUUCUUUUCUUUUCUUUGUGCCUUUACAAAGAAUGUCUGGACUAAGCGAUAUUACUGAAAUGAUAAAAGCUUUUGUCACAGCAGCUGACCUUGCAUCUCAUGACGUGAUAGACAAUAUACUUGAGCAAGAAUCUGAACGUUGUCUCAUCCUUGUAGAUGGAUUGGAUGAAUGGACUCCCCCAAGAAAAAUAUGUAUUUUACCACAUGUCAGUUAUGGUUUGCCAGGAAGAGACAGAGCAAAGCAGUCAACGGUCAUAACACUUUCUCGACCGUCAGCUAGAGGAAUUCUCAGAAUGAAGUCCUCGGAAUGUGACCAAAAAGUAGAAUUAUUAGGAAUUAAAAAAAGAUCUGCUACAUGUUUAAUUGCAAAGUACUUGUCAAAAUUCAACAAAGAAGGUCUUUUUGGGAAAUUCAUGGCGAAAAUAGGAACGUCCAAACUUGAACAUCUGGAGAAAACGCCCCUGCUGUUGCAACAACUCAUUUGGCUAUACUGCACCGGAAAUGAAAUUGGUGAAUCUGUUUGCGAUGCAUACAGUCACAUUAUUAAUAUCAUGCUUGGCUGGUUACAGAACAAAGAAGAGGAAAAAGACAACGUAGAAGAUCGCGUUUGCGAUACAAGUCAGGAUAAAGACAUGGAGUUACCUGGACUUUUACAGAAAUUUCCUAGAUGUGAAGCAAACAAACGACUUCUCCUUCUGUUAGCUAGAGUUGCAUUUGAAGCGUUAACUUCAGAAAUUGGGUCAGGCACAUUCAGUCGAUCAUAUCUGCAAAAGAAAGGCGUUUCAAAAGAUUGUACGUCUACACUCAUUAAGUUAGGUAUUCUGGUAGAAGAGAAUUGCUUUGAUCGGACAAAAGAGAACACUAGGUUGGCAUUCAUCCACAUAUCGUACUUAGAGUUUUUUGCCGCUGUACAUGCGUCUAGUCAGUAUAAGGCAGAACAGUUAAUAGAUGAAAAUAAUGUUUUGAAAAAGCUAUUUCGAAAUUGUCAAUCAACUGCCGACAUACUACAGUUAUCAAACGUGCUUAAAAUGAUAUGUGGAUUAUCCCCAUACAUAAUAUCAGAUCUUACAUCUUACAUCAGUUACGGAAACUCAGAUUAGAGAUUUAUUAUAUUGAACCAAAUGCUCUCACUGUUACACCCGGGCUGAGAAAUCUUGAACUCAUUGAACUUUAUUCCAUCUAGUCAGCUUUAUUAUCCAUUUGGUAAAAUGGACGACGAUAAAAGUGACUAUGUAAAACAAAAUAAAAUGUUUGAAAUGAUAGAAGAUAACUGGCGUUUCAAAUUUAGGACAAAGAAAUAAUUGUAACUAGCUCAACAUUAUCUUGAAAUAUUGAAAACUGAACGUAAAUCAUAACAUUGUUUCUGUCGGAAAGUGAAUACAAAUUACGUCAUUUCUGACUCAAAGUGAAAGCCUUAAUAAUUUCUGUCUAAAAGCGAAUACAAUACGUCAUUUAAUUUUUCUGACUGAAAGUGAAUACAUUUUAGCACAUUAUCUUUAACUGAACGUGAAACACUAAUAAUUUCUGACGGAAAGCGGAAACACAAGCAUCUAAAAUAGUAUUUUAAAGUUUAAUCGUCUAACUCAGAAAUAUUCACAUUCUAUUCUUUAUUUAUAGAUCAAGAUAUUGAUGUAUUAAAUAAAAUAUUUAUCAAUAUUUUUUUUUUAAUCAUCGAUUAUGAUAUGCGAUCAUCUCAAGCUAGGUACAAGGUUAUUAUCUUCAAUAUAUUCACCUGUGCUGCCACAUAGUCGUAUUUAAAAACUGCUUUAAACCCUUUUAAAUCAGUUAAAAUAAAUAAAUGUAUGAAAGCAACAUCUUAAAUUAACCUAUCAUUGUUUGGAAAGAAAAUAUUAAGUCUUUUGAAACCAAAUUAUUAAGAAGUUUUUGAAACCAAAAUUUUUGUUUAAAGUAUCAAUGACCCUACCUCGUUCAGUGGACACUGGAAUCUGUCGAGACUGACGUUUAUAUACCUGAGGUCGUGUGGAGGUAUGGUGUAUAAGGAGAGUCAUUUUUGCCGAGUAAAGCGUUUAACCUUAAUUAGGUUAAACUGAAUAUUGUGUAUUCAUCACGAAAAAUAAUAAUAUUGUGUUAUCUCAUUAUUAUUAUUAUCUCAUCUAUUCUAAGUUUCUAUUACUUUUAAAACAUUAUUUAUUUUGAUUUAAAAACACAUUUCUCCUCAAGUAACUGCCAACUUUUCAACAUUUGAGUGAUGUAAAGAAAUAUAUACAUGAAACGACUUUUGGAAAUAAUCACCCAAUCGUUAACGAACUUGAGACCUCUCGAUUGAUACUCCUUUUUACCAUUCCAGUGGGAAGGGCUGCUUUUAAUGUUGGUGUAACUUAAAAUCCAACCCAUUUGAUAUUUUCAUACGUUUGCAUUAGCUAUUUGUAUUUUAUGUAUGUAAUGAAGAUAUGCAAUAAAAUAUGAUUAAACUAAACUGAUACUCCUUUU